CUGCUCGAGCCACAAUCGGGACGUUUAUCUGGGAAACUGAUGGGAGCAUUUGUCCGAUAGGCAUCCCUCCCUCCCUCCCUCCCUCCCUCUACCCCCACCCCCCCCAGUCGGACCGUGGCUCGGAGUCGCCGCUCGGGCGCUGUCCUCGCCGGGGGGUGCCCGAUCACCGUCGCCCGGUCCAGCUAACUCCAGGCGGCGGUUCGGUCCCCCCUGACCCCUGCCUCGCCUCGCCUGUCCUCUGCCGCUCUGGCCGACCCUAGCCGAGCCCGAACAUGGCAGGCAACCUGAAGAAAGGCGGGGGGCUCAUCGGAAUGAUGAAGGAUGCCUUCCAGCCACACCAUCACCACCUCCACUCCCAUCACCAGCCCGGGGCCGUGGACAAAAAGACGGUGGAGAAAUGCUGGAAGCUGAUGGACAAGGUGGUGCGUCUGUGCCAAAACCCCAAAUUGGCUCUGAAGAACAGCCCCCCUUACAUCCUGGAUCUGCUGCCAGACACCUACCAGCACCUGCGCACCAUCUUGUCUCGCUACGAGGGCAAAAUGGAGACUCUGGGGGACAACGAGUACUUCCGGGUUUUCAUGGAGAACCUAACGAAAAAGACCAAGCAGACCAUCAGCUUGUUCAAGGAGGGCAAAGAGCGCAUGUAUGAGGAAAACUCACAACCCAGGCGGAACCUCACCAAGCUGUCGUUGAUCUUCAGCCACAUGCUGGCUGAGCUGAAGGCCAUCUUCCCAAACGGUCUGUUUCAGGGUGAUAACUUCCGCAUCACCAAGGCAGAUGCUGCAGAGUUCUGGAGACAUGCUUUUGGCGAUAAGACCAUCGUGCCUUGGAAGGUCUUCCGUCAGUCUCUGCACGAGUUCCAUCCCAUCAGCUCGGGACUGGAGGCCAUGGCGCUCAAGUCCACCAUAGACCUCACCUGCAACGACUACAUCUCUGUUUUUGAGUUUGACAUCUUCACGAGGCUAUUUCAGCCUUGGUCGUCCCUGCUGCGAAACUGGAACAGCUUGGCAGUUACUCACCCAGGGUACAUGGCCUUCCUCACCUACGAUGAGGUCAAAGCACGGCUACAGAAGUUCAUUCACAAGCCGGGCAGUUACAUCUUCCGACUGAGUUGUACGCGGCUGGGCCAGUGGGCGAUCGGCUACGUGACAGCAGAUGGAAACAUACUGCAGACCAUUCCUCACAAUAAACCUCUCUUCCAGGCCCUCAUAGAUGGCUUCAGGGAAGGAUUCUAUUUAUUCCCUGACGGCCGGACGCAAAACCCUGACCUGACAGGACUGUGUGAGCCUUCGCCUCAAGACCACAUCAAAGUCACACAGGAGCAAUAUGAGCUGUAUUGUGAGAUGGGCUCCACUUUCCAGCUGUGUAAGAUCUGUGCGGAGAAUGACAAGGAUGUGAAGAUUGAGCCCUGUGGCCAUCUCAUGUGCACCUCCUGUCUCACUGCCUGGCAGGAAUCAGAGGGUCAGGGGACGGGCUGUCCCUUCUGUCGCUGUGAGAUAAAGGGUACAGAGCCCAUUGUCGUGGAUCCUUUUGACCCCAAGGACCCCAACAGCGGGGGCUCCUGCAGGGGCAUGUUCGGUGCCGAAGGAUCCCCAUCACCGUGCUAUGACGACGACGAUGACGACAGACUUGAAGACCCCCACCUAAUGAUGAGCAAACUUGCUUGCACAAAGGUGGAGCGGCCCCCGUCACCCAUGUCCAUGGCUCCUCAGUCCUCUCUCCCCCCUGUACCACCAAGGCUAGACCUGCUCCCACCACACAGAACGCCCAACCCCACUGGUGCCUCCAGCCCCGGAGUCACCACUAAGGCAGCAUCUCACCACAAAGACAAGCCUCUCCCCCUCCCCCCAGCGCUGAGGGACCUUCCCCCUCCUCCUCCACCAGACCGACCCCACACUUCUGGGGCGGGCCCCGAUGGACGGCUGCAGAGGCGUCCCUUACCCUGCACUCCUGGGGAGCCCCCUCGAGAUAAGCUCCCUCCUACACCUCCAAACCGGCUGCUGGCCGACUGGAACUCCCGGCCUGUUCCCAAGGCCCCCACCUCCUCUUCCUCGUCCUCGUCGUCCUCAUCCUCCCAAGUGUCCAGUCUGGGAGGGGACAUCCGAGCCGGUGUCAGGGAACUCUCCAACCGACACUCCCUCCCGUUGGCGCUGCCCUCGGCUCUGGACACCCGCUCAGAUUCUCAGAAGAACAACAGCUCCCUCAGUCUGGAUCACCAGCUGAAUUUUGCUGCAAUAGGUGCUCAAGAUUAUGACAACCCCAAAGUAAAGCCCUCAUCCUCAGCCAACGCCAUCUACGCACUGGCAAACAGAUCAUCUCAAGCCCUGAGGGCAGUGGCAGGAGAGGAGGCACGUGACAGUGAGGAGGAGUCGGAGUACAUGAUCCCGUCCUCUCGCCCUGUCCUGCCCCCCAUCGCCUCACCACCUGUAGGGGAGAUCCCACCAGUACCGCGGCCCCCACAACCUCAGCCUCUCUCUGCACUCCAGACACAGACCCAAGCUUCCACACACAACUCAAGGUUGGCAAUGGCUGAGCUGGAGGAUGGACCUCAAAUGUAUGAAGCCAUGUACAACAUCCAGUCCAGGGCGCAACAAGCCAGAGAUUCAGAUUACUCGGAGUUGCCCCCUCUGGCAUUGACCAACGGUCCCCCAGACCACACAGUCGAUGACAGGGAAGAGGAGGAAAAUGGCUACGACUUCCCAAAACCGCGGCUCCCCAUGCCCCUUGCCCGACGGACCCUUUCCGAACUGGCAGGAUCCUCUUCUUCCUCAUCAUCCUCAUCAUCAUCCUCCAUGGCUGCUUUCGGCCGCCUUUCUUUAGAUUCAGACGCUGGAGCUGCAGCACCCUUCUCAGAGCCGGUGGAAGCACCAGAGAGACCUCCGAAGCCUCUGCCCAGACGAAUCAACUCAGAGCGUCGACCCAGCCCCGUCCCCCCCUUCUCUGUACCGCCCACUGGUGGAGCAACGGGAGGAGAAGCCAACUCUCAAAUCAGUAGCGAGAUAGAGCACCUCAUGAGUCAGGGAUACUCUUACCAGGACAUCCAGAAAGCACUGUUGAUUGCACAGAACAAUAUUGAAAUGGCCAAGAAUAUCCUACGCGAGUUUGUCUCCAUUCCCUCCACCGCUCAUAUUCUGACAUAGCACACUCCCUGUGCCUGUCUCUCGCGUUUGCUCUCUCGCCCUAGCUUGGCCCGGCCUGGUUGGGUUUAGGUUGGCACAGCCCAAAGCCCAUCGCCUGCAGCACUACCUCUGGUGCUGGCUGACGCCCCUACGCCCCUUGUGGAUUUUAACUGGCUGUCAAUCCAGCGAGCUCACGGCAUCUCUGGGACUCAGCGUCCUGCACUCCAUGCGCUUUCAACAGUGUCUGGCCUUCUUAAAAACUGUUAGAGCAGGCCUCCUCUUUUUCAAGAACAUCUCCGUGGAACCGGCCGAGCACAUGUGGAACAAUGACGGGACGCCACAAGACGCAAGACUUUUCGUAAGAAAUGUUGAGAAGACGGAUUCUUCUCUUUCAUGUCGAAGCAUUUUGCGGAAAAUGUAACCAACACCUCACAAAUUAAACUAAAAAUGUAUAUCUAUAUGAAAAUUUAAUAUAUGAGUAAAUAUAUAUUAAAUGUGUAUAAUAUAUACAGUACGUGCAUAUACAGUAUGCGAAAAUGAUUUCAGCUUUGAGGGUCGCUGUUGGUACAAGUGAUAUGGGUGGACAGGGACCAGAUCAAAGGGGGGUGUGGCCCUCUGUCGGACUAAGGGAUGUGAGAGUGUGGAGAGGUGAGGAAGAGUCGGGGAGUCUUCCUCACUAGGACGUGUUGGCCAGCAGCAGCUUAGAAGACAUGCAGCAGAGCUUUUUUCCAUGAUGAAUUCAGUCUGUUAUGGCCUUUGAUUAACAACGUUGCUUUGGUACUUUUUCUGUUUUUUAGAAAGACAUCCUUGUUUUUAUCGUGUUGUGUUUUUCAAAGUAGCAUGACGAUGGUUUCAGGUCGGGGCUGCUGUCUGGCAGCGUGUGUGUCCACGUGUGAGUGUGCGUCUGUGUAUGUGAGCAUGCAUGACGACUGUGUGUCUGCCAGACCUGCUCUUUGUGACCUGCUCUUAAACGAACCCUGUUCCUGUACAUCAUGAAUGUGGAAUUAGAGUCUGUGUAUUCCGACUCGCGCUCUGUAAACGUACUACUGCUCUAACUCAUGGCAGGGCCUAGUGUAGCUUGGAGCCUGACGAUGAGAUUAUUAGAGGACGUACUAAUGUCGACAACCCUGCAGUACCAGACGGGCUAGUGCUGCGUGAUCCGUGGCGGCUGAAAUUUGUUUUCGUUUUGUCUUCGUCUAACUUCACUGGCUGGCUGGUUCAGGUUUCUGGCUCCAGCUCAGGCCAGUGAUUUUUGAAACAAAAAAAAAAAACUGUUAUUGAUUUACUUUGGUAAUAUAUUAUUGUACUAUGAUCAUCAAUAUUGUUAUUAUAAUUAAUUCAGAAGUGCUUCACUGCUGCUACUAUUGUUAGUGCUAAACAAUUAAGCCUUAAAUGUACAUUUGUGAAUAUUGUGUUUAACAGUCAUCCUGUUUCUUUAAAGUGACAGUAUCACCCAUGUUCCAGUCCGUAAUGUAGCAUACUUGAAAGUACAAACGGCUUGUGAGCUUGCAGCCCUCUCAAGCUGUCGACUCCUUUUUUUUUUUUUUCUUUUUUUUUCUAGGUAGACUGUUAUAGCAACAGUAAUAAAGCAAACAAAUUGCUUUGUGUUUGGAAAGCAGCCAUUUUCUAAUAGUCAGGCUUCUCCUUCACAUCAGUUUCCUUUCGCACCUCUGAUCUGAAAGAGUGAGGCUAUUAAAAAAGAAAAGAAGUAGGCUCAUGGGUUUGCUGGCCCACCCCCAAGUCUAAACUGAAACCUGUAUUUGGGCCGACUGUAAGAAUUAACUCAGGAAUAAAGUUGAUCUGAACUUGUGGAGUUCACCCUGGCUGUCAAAAAAAGAAAAGGAGGAGAUCCAUUGGCUGAGACAGCAGCUCACUUGUCAGGUGACAUGUUGCCAAAAGCAUCCGCUCAAUGAAGUCACACAAGUAGCCUAUUACCUUUAUUUUCUCACAUUAUAACUUGCACAUUUUUUGUUAUUACGCAUAUUGUUUCUGAUAUUGACAGAACUAGAGACAGCAGCUUUAUUUCCAGGUACUAUGAAUGAAUAAGGAAAUGACACACAGAGCUUUUAGGUACAUACAAACCUCUGCCAGCAUAUGAAGAAUGUUGUUUUAUUUUUUUUACCGGAGGGUAUCGAAGACACAUCAAUAGCUAAUCAGCCCUAGUUUACUCUGGGUUUUACUGUGUGUUGACUGGAAGCUAUCUCCGCGCUGUCUGACCAUCCUCUAGUUCUUCUUAUUCUUUAUGUUCCUAGUUGCCUUGAGAAACGUCUUGAAUGAUGGGUAAUGAACGGGGAGGCCCCCAAACCUCAAUACUGUACCAAUGUUAUGUUGAUGUUUUUGAGGACGGCGCUGUCCUGUAUUUUUUACCGUUUAGUUUUUUUCGCACAGCAUACCAAUUUGUGCUUUGAUACUGUCACUCUAAAGAAGACGAAAAAAGCAAAUUGUAUAAAGUCAGUGAUAUGAAUAGAAAAAAAGUUGCUGUUUUGUUUCAUUUUGCAUUCCUGUACAUGUAUUUUGUUCCAAAGGAUUUGUUUACUUCUGUGAAUAAUUCUGUGAGCAGUGCCAUACGUUUAGAGAUCUUCACCAUGUGUAGAGUCCGGCCUUGUUUUUUUUCAGGAGAGUUUGUAGGUAUUGGUUUGUACCUCAUGAUCUCUGAAGGCAAGAUUGUGCAGUAUUGCUUGUAUUAAUGUGUCUCCUCUGAAUCGUCAGUCGCAUCAGGCCUCAUCUGAGGGAGCUGACGUGCUGAUCUGUGAAUAGCUUUGUUUCCCUCUCACCUAAAAGAUGGAUCGUGUCCCAGAUCAGUUCUUGGCCUCAGUGAUGCUCGACGCCUACCAGCCCCCAGCCCCCAGUCCCUCUGCUGGGGUACUUCAGCUUUCUGCCAGGAGAGGGAGAUGUUGUUCCAUGUAGCUGUGUUGCUUCUCAUCAGUAAAAGGCAUUCAUUAACUUUUUGAUGGUUUUUAAAGCUCAUAUCACUUUGGAAGUAUGCACAGUGCUGUUAAUAAAACGAUAAGCAAAAGCCA